AUGUAUAAUGGCAAGACAGACCUCGUAGAGCAUGUGAACCACUUCAAUCAGAGAAUGGCCGUCCAUUCCAGAGACGAAGCCCUGAUGUACAAGGUCUUCCCAUCUAGCUUAGGACCCAUGGCCAUAAGAUGGUUUGACAGUUUGAAGGCCAAUUCCAUAAACUCCUUUAAGGAGCUCACCCAGGCAUUUGGUUCUCGCUUCAUCACUUGCAACAGAGUCCCUCGACCCCUAUCUUCCUUACUAUCCUUGAGUAUGAGAGAGGGAAAGACCUUGAAAACAUACUCGAACAGAUAUUGGGAGAUGUACAAUGAGAUAGAUGGUAACUUUGAAGACGUCACCAUUAGUACCUUCAAGAGCGGCCUCCCGACUAAGCAUGGUCUAAGGAAGUCCCUAACGGGAAAACCUGUCGCCAAUCUGUGCCAACUCAUGGACCGUAUUGACAAGAAUAAGAAGGUCGAGGAAGACCAGCAAAUGAGUAAAGGAAAGGAUAAGGUUAUCCCUCAGGAAAGCAGGGAUUUCAAGUUGGACCGAUAUAAUAAUAGCCGGCCACAGAGAGAUUUUGCUGGUCAGAUAGGACCUACCAACACUCAGGCGGUCAAUGCAGUGUUUCGAGAACCGGUUCACCAAGUUCUGGAGAAGGUUAAGAACGAACCGUUCUUCAAAUGGCCAAACAAGAUGGUUGAGAACCCUCUGAGACGAAAUCAGAACCUUUAUUGCCAGAACCAUUAG